AUGGUGGAGGAAGGCCUUGAGCAGCUGGCAGAAGUUCGCAAGCAGCUCAAGGAGUCCUCCGCCAGGAUCGAUGGCCUGAGAGAGCUGCAUCAGAACUGGCAAGGUGCCAUAGAGGGCUUACUGGACCGGGUGGAUGCGAGCUUGAAGGCUCAGGACGCUGCCUUGGACGUGCAACUGGCGCAGCCCAACCCGCCAGAAAUCCGAAGCAGGAGAACCUCAAGAAGAUCAGCACAAGGUGAUGUAAUAACACCCUCCGGCGAACGGCAAAAGGUGGUCUCCCUGCAUCCGCUGCUGAAGUCCAGAAAAUCCGUGCUACAACACGCUCCCGCUGGGCCUCUUCGCAAGCUGCUCAUCGAGCUCCUGCCUGAUCACUCGGAGGCCCAAGUUCCCUGGGAGCCUUCACCGGUGUUCAAGGCGCGAGAAAAGGUUGCAUCUCUGGUGUCGUCGAGCUUCUUUGAGUUUGCCUCCGGGUUCAUCAUCAUGUUGAACCUCAUCGCGAUUGGUAUCGAGGCUGAGUUGUCUCUGCAGGAGAACCAGGAGUUUCAGGAGAGCUUCUUUGGUGGCAUUGAAAGCAUUUUCUUGGGGAUCUAUUGCAUGGAGGCUUGCUUGCAGGUCUUCGGCCGGGGCUUCGUGGUUUUCCAGGACCUCUGGUUCUUGAUGGACCUUUGCCUCAUUUUGGUCGGGCUGCUGGCCCUGUGGAUCGUCCCUGCAUUUGCACGAGAAGGCGACUACACCACGGGGUUUGAGAAGUUGCUCGUGGUGCGGGGGAUACGGCUGCUACGUUUGGUGCGUGUGCUUCGCAUGGUGCGCCACUUCAAGAUUAUGUGGCGCCUUGUCUACGGAUUGCUGACCGCCGGCCAAACCAUCCUAUCCACCACGGCCUUGAUCCUUGUAUCCCUCUUCAUAUUUGCAUGCGUGGCUGUUGAAGUGAUUGCCAAAGACAAUGACCUCCGGCAAGACCCGGCGACGAAAGACAUUGUCCUCCAGCGCUUCACAGGCGUUGGGAAGUCCGUCCUGACCUUGAUGCAGUUCGUGACUUUGGAUGGCUUGUCUGACAUCUACCACCCGUUGAUCAUGAGGAAGCCCUGGCUUUGGGUGUACUUCCUACCCAUCUUGGUCUUCAUCUCGAUCGGACUCCUGAAUCUGAUCACAGCUGCUUUGGUGGAAAAUGCCAUGGACAAUGCAGCACAGAGCAUGGAGGAGGAGCGUGCAAAGCUGAAGCGCAAGGUGCGCGGAGCUUUGCCGGUUCUGAUUGAGAUCUUCCAAACCAUCGACACAGACCACAGUGGCCUGAUCACACGGGAGGAGGUGUCGCAUGUACCCAUAGACAUCCUGCCUCCGCGUGUCUUGGAAGCAGUAUGUGUGGACAAUAUGGAAGACAUUUUUGACCUUCUGGAUGUGGACGACUCUGGCUUUCUCACGCAGAUGGAAUUUGUGGAAGGGCUACUGAACCUGUCCCUCCUGGACAUGCCGAUGUGGACGUUGCAGAACCUGCGUUUGCUAAAAUUGGUCAACGGACGAGUCUCGAACAUCGAAGAAUGCUGCGAGACUUUGUGCGCACACUUGUUGUCGCGCUGCGAAGAAGAACCUCUCGUAAGCUUCUGA